AUGAAGCGCACUCCGUCCUCGUUGUCGGGCUCGCCGUUAGCGCCCAAGUAUGGCGAGGGAGCGUCAUCUAUUUUAACGGCCGCCGGUGGACGGGCCGGCAAUCCGUCAAGCACAGCAGCACGCCGUGGAGGAGCCACUGGCGGCGGCGAUGGCGGCAUCCGCGGCUCCCCUUCGCCGUUCUCGCUGCGUCGACCCGCCCUGAGUGCAAGCGGUAGUGCGGGAGAUAGUCCGGGAGGAGAUGAUGGUGUUCCCUCCGGUGCUGGUGCUGGUGCUGGUGAUGGUGGUGGUGGUGGUGGUGGUGGCUCGGAGAGGGACGGAAGUGGGACGACGGACAGCAGUGUGGGGAGUGGGAUACUCACCGCCGCCGAUAUUUUGGCAUAUCGCGCUACUAGUAGCUCAACGCGCAAAGGAUCGCUGCACGCCGGUCAGAGUCGCUUCGCGCACCGCCAGCGCCACGAAGACCAAAGUGCGCAUGGGCACUUGCCUCGACACCGCCAGCAGAAGUCGCUGGACGAUCGUGAGUCGCUUUCAUUCCGUCAGGGUUUCCGUCAUGGGCCGGGGCUAGGCGGGAGUCCCAGCAGCAAUCGCGUGGCGCAGCCUUCAAAAGAGGCAGCGGCCGCUAAGUCCGCCCACAGGCCCGCUGCCGUGGCGGCGACGACGGAUGCCGCGUCGAGUGCUGGUUCGGUGGCUUCUGACUCAUCCGACGUCAGCACCCGAGCCUCUGAGUCAGCCUCGGCCAGUCGUCGUGGCGGCCAUGCGAGCCCGCGUGCGAAGCCGAUGGACGCUCGUCACAACUCGUCGUCGUCGCUAUGGAGGUCACCAUCCGCGUCGUUCCCCUCUCCCCCUGCUUCAUCUGCUGCCGCCGCGUCAGCAGGCGCGAAGUCAAGAGGCGAGGCGGGCGCGUCGCCGUUGUCAGCAAGAGCGCCACAGCAAGCGGCAGCCCGCGCCAUGAUGCUGCGACGGUCACGUAGCUUCUCCACGUUCUCGCGGCCCCCUGCUACUGGUGCGCCUGCUACGACCGGCGCGAUUGCUGGAGCUAGUUCCGCGGACGGCAGCAACAGUGGCGCUCAUUCCGCGUGCAGCAGCGCUGUUUCCGCGUGCGCCUCUGGCGGUAAACAGAACGAGAGGGAUGGCGGAGGCGGAAGCACGAGCACGAGCAACAAGCUGCUUCGAAGCCACAGCGUCGAGGGCAGCUGCGACGUGGGCGGCGAGAGUGCGGGCGAUAGCAACGCGCUGUUUGGUCGGGCGGGAGACGUGAUGCAGGUGGCGCGAGGCGACAUGGCGUCGCGCGGGCUGGACUGCCGGUGGUGGGACAAGAUCCGAGACGAGCUCGACGCACUCCGCGCGUUGGUGGAGGAAUCCGCGAGCACUGCGGCCCGCUCGCACCCAGCUGCCACCACUGCAGCUACUGUCGCUCCUCCACAAGCAUCACCUGGGCAGGAUCAUCGUCAGUCCCCACGCUUACGUCGAGGCAUGUUGAAACCAAGCACGAAGGGGGACGAGCAAGCACCACUGCUUGCAACCAACGCUGGCGGUGGUGCGGUGCUUGCGUGGCUGGGGCAUGCGAGGCGCGAACUGGAGAGCAUUGUUGGAGGGCGAGCGGGGGGACGUGGCGUGGAGUGCGGUGAUGGAGAACAUGCGCAGUUCAUCCGUCUGCCAGCCUUCUCCUGGGACGCCCUUGCUGAAGGGCCCUCUGGUGUCGUCCUGGGGAGACGGGCCAUUCGCAUUCAGCAGCAGCGCAGCCACACACACACGAAUUCAGAGACAGCAACAGAGGCUGCAGCAGGCGAGACUAAGGAAGGAGCGGUGGAAGCAGCAGAAGGUGCAGCAGGCGACAGUGAGUCAGUGGACGCCGCCAGCUUACAGCAGGCCACACUCCCUGCCAGGAGCAUUACAGAAGACACUGCUCCACACGCCCAAGCACACCUCCCUGCGCCUGUGCCUCCUGCUCUUCGUACCCCAGCGGCACUGCCAUCGGCAGGGGGGUGGCUGGGCCGGCCCAGAGGGAAGCCAAGCGGUGCUGGCUUGAUUGGUGCGAGGGCAGCAGGAGGAGGAGGGAAAAGAGCCGGGGAGGUGGUUCUUUUAGGGAGGGGGAAAGAGGAGCACCUGGAGAACCAUAUGGUGGUGAGUGAUUUGCAACUUCGCCUGUUCGUCCUUGGAUUCCCAACGUUUCUCUUCCUUGCUGCUUGUGAGGAAUUAUCCUACCAUGGUUCGGGUUUCACUUCGUUGCCUGCUCUAUCCUCACCACCUACUCUCCUCCCACAUUCCCUCUCCUCCUCUGUAUCUCCAUGUCCCGUCGCUCCCGUCAAUUUGCUGCGACCAACAAUGAGCAGAGGUUCUGGGCGCGGGAGAGGGGGUACCUACACAUGCUGGGCCUGCCAUCGUCGCACCAAGGCGCUGCCGUGGGGCAUGCACAAGGCGCUGCCGUGGGGCAUGCACAAGGCGCCGGUGUCACCAGUGGGGCCCACAAAGGCGCGGACGAGAGGCAAGCUGAUGGCUCUUUUGAGACUCAAUGCUUGGGAUUGA